AUGAUGAGUGUGAUGAAGAGUCUCUUUCUCCUGGUGUUGGCAGGUGCUGCACUGGGGGAAGUUCAGAAGAGAGUUUAUGUGGAUCCUCAUCAUCCUGAACUAGGAGGUGAUGCAACUGAUCAUAAUGGGCCAGUUCCUGGUCAGCAUCAUGGUCAGCAUCAUGUGAUUUUGGAACGUAAAGGCUGUCCUGAUGAAGUGCGCUGUGGAGGUUCUCUGAUUUCUCAAGACUGGGUCAUCACUGCUGCUCAUUGUGACACUUUCAGUGAACUAUUUAAACACGGUGAUUCUGGUGGGAGCCUCGUCUGGAAAAGAAAGCUGUAUGGAGUGCUUAAGGGUGGCUCAGAGUAUCUUAAUGCGGCUCCCUUGGUCUUCAUGGACAUUUGUAACCCACUGUACAGAGACUGGAUCUUUCAUGUGGCGAAUCUGUGA